GAUACCCCACGAUGAGUUCACGUGACGCUCUUAUUACCCUUGCCAUGGACAAUGCAAAAGUUCUAAUAAACGUUCUCAAAGCGGUUCAGUUCAGAGAUCUGGCUACUGUUUUCGCCACUCCAAAUGGGCUGAAGAUAACCGUGGAAGAUGCCAAGUGUAUACAAGGCAACGCAUUCCUUCAAGCUGAGCUGUUUCGUGAUUAUCGCAUCUCGAAGGAAGUUGUGUCUUUCAAGACCAACCUCAGCGUUCUUAUUGACUGCUUUUCAAUUUUCGGAACUUCCAAUCAACUUUCAGCGACUUCCUUGCUACUCACAUACAAGGACCAUGGAAGCACAUUGGACUUACUGCUAGAGGAAGAUGGUGUGGUUGCUGAGUGUAACGUUAAAACAAUGGAGGCUUUCGAAAUACUCGAUUUUGACUUUUCUGGCUGUUCUUCAUCGGAUAAAGUCAUUGUCAAA